AAAUUAUAUGCCCAUUUCUGGCCCAUAUUAAGUGAAAUUCUAUGGUUUGAGAUUAUAUAUCAAUGACUCACUCCACUACUGCAUUGGACAUGUGAUUGUGAUGAUAUAUAUUUCUCUCUAUAUCACUCAAAUUUAAGCUCAACUCUCCAAUUAAACACUUGUGCUUUGCUUCACCUUUUUCAAUUUAAUAGGAGUAUCAAAUAGCCUAAUUGUUGCCAUGGAUGACCGAUUGAUCAAACCAAUUAGGGCGCCGCUGCUGCUGAAGGACCGUCUGCUCGAAGACAUGAGCUCAUGCUCAUCCAACGGCUUCAAAUCAUUCCCUCGCCGCCAAUGCUGCACCACCGUCAGAUUCCGCCGCCGCCAGAAAGCUCGCGCCGACUUCGUCAAACCACCGGCGAAUCCAGCUCUCUCGGCUCUCCAGAGCGUGAUCACCGCCGUGAAACGCCUCCAUUUUGGCGCCGCGGAGAAGAUGAAGAAGAACGAUCUCAGCAGCUCGUUUUUUCUGUUCUGGAGGAGGAAGCCGGAGAGGAAGGAGAUCGGACGGUGGAAAUCGUUUGAGCAGCUGAUGAAGGAGGACGAAUGGCAGCCGGCGGAGGAUGGUAAAAUUAGUUGCAGCACCGAUUUCACUGCGUCGGAAGGCGGUAAUUCCUCUUCAAAUUUACCGCUACCCCUCAAAAACGACGUCGUUAUGACGCCUGAUCAUGGACUACAGAUCACGAACGACGAAGAAGCCGAUUCAACUACGUGCAGCGGCGGAGGCUCAGAUAACAACUCUUCUACCCAAACAAAGAAGCAAUGGACAAGUGAUCAAGAGAAGGAGCAGUUCAGUCCUGUGUCAGUGCUGGACUGUCCAUUUGAUGAGGAAGAUGAAGUUUCUUCACCUUUCCAGCAUAGGCUCGCUCUUAUGGAAGGAACUAGGAAGAAACUCCUGAAGAAGAUUCAAAGGUUCGAGUGCCUGGCGAAGCUCGAGCCCCUAAAUCUAACUAGACGAUUUGAAUCACAACUGGAAUCAGAUAAUGAGUUCCUAGACGAAGAAGAAGUAGGAGAAGAAGAAAGCGAUGAUGAAAAAGAAGACGACGAGGAGGCACUUGAAUUGCUUGAUCAAGUGAAUACAAUCAUGCCAUCUUAUGGCCUAAAAUUCAAGGCAGAUAAGUUGAUGUUAGAUUUCUUCAGAGAAAGGAUAUCGAAUGAUCAAGACUGGAGACUUCUUGAAAAGCAACGAGGCGAAUCCUUAUCUCAUAACGCGUUAGUAGAGAUUGCUCGAGGCUGGAUGGACGGGCAUGACCCCCUCGGGUUGUUCAUGGAGAAGAACAGGAAAGCUUAUGUUGAAGACAUGGAAAAUGGUGGAGAAUGGAAGAGAUUGGAUCAAGAAUAUAAGGAGGUGGGAAUUGAGGUGUGUGAUGCCCUGUUGAAUGAGGUGUUGCUAGAGAUCAUGAAUUAGGAAAAGAUACCAAGGUAGAAAUGAAAUAAACAUAAUUCAGUUAGAUAUGAAAUGAUGUGGUUUCUUGUCAAAUGUUCGUUUGUAGGAGGAAAUAUGAUGAGUUUGAUAGUUUGUAUUUACUAUAUUUUCUCAAAUUUAAUUUUUUUUCCUUAGGCCA